AACAAUCCGCAGCUCCUCGUCGUUUCGGACCACUGCCAGCGCAUCGCUGCCCGGGACACCAGUGGAGAGACCAUUCUCAUUGGAUUUCAUUGUCUGAGCUCCCAGGCCGCGCAUGUCAUUUCUGUAAACAUAAAUCCACCAGCCUGCCGCUGCAGAAGUUGAAAAAUGCCACGGAAGGUCCAAGAACUCGACCUGGAUUUCCAGAUUUAUGUAGACCCUUCCUGUCUGAGCGAGCCGAUGGAGGACGACAUUCCGGUAACGCAGCAGCCGCCCUUGAGCGACGAGGCGCACAAUCCCACAGUCACAGAGGACACAGAAGAAGACGCGAUUGCGGCGAAUGAGACAACCGCAGAGUGUCAACCGGCCGGCGACAGUGGCGAUGUUCCCAAUGAAGACCUGCAGGAACAUACGGCCGCUGACGAGGAUGGCACACAAGCGGAUGAACCUGCGGUCACUGAGCAGGCCGAGACCACAGUUACACCUGACCAGCCGGUGACUGGGGAAAUCCAGGAAUAUGCGCCAGCAGAUGAUGUCGUCGCCGAGGUUCAGCCAGUUGUCCAGCUAGCACUCGACCCAGAAGAUGGGACCGCGAUUCAAGAGGUUCCGGAGGACACAGCUGCACACGACGGGCAUUCAGAUUCCGAGAAGCGCACAGACCUUGAAGGAGAAGCGACAACCGACGAGUCUCCCAUCGUCGAGAACACCCCAACGGACACUGCGGCUGAGGAACCUGAACAUGUCGAGGAGGCCGUCACCAACGCUUCCCUUCCUGGGUCCGACAGCCAGGAGCUAUCCACUGGCGGCAGCGAGCCAGUUGGCCAAGCGGAAAACGAGGGGACUCAAGUGGGACAACACAAAGAUGUUGGCGACGCCGAGGAGACGACUGAGGAUGCAAAUACUCCGAGACCAGCAUACGACAUGGACAUGGAUGCCGAGCAGACAUACAGCGCGCCUCAGCCAUCAACUUUCACGGACCGCAAGACUUCGUUUCGGACGGAGGCCUUGAUCCAGGCUGCUGCACGUGCCGUUGUGGCCAAGAUUGAGAAGCGUCACAGCGGAGGGUCGACCGAGCACGAUGACGAUGAAUUCGAACACUCCUUUCUUAGCACUGGCUCGCACGGGACCCACGGCCUUGGAGAUGCCGAUCAGGCUUUUGAUAGGCCGCGCGGCUCAAGCCGUCGGGAAUCAUCCGAGUCACAAGUCCGACACAACCUUCCGUCUCGGUCCACCUCUGGCGAUGAGGGUGGUGACAGCAGCUCCCACAAUGAGCCCGACGACGACGUGUUUAGUGACCGCAGCGCUCGAAGUUCGCUCUGCUCACUUGAGGCCAACGACUUUGACGUGAAGACACCCCAAGCGAAGCAGCACCUGUCACGCCGGGAAUCGUUCGCAUCCAGCAGAAACUCGCCGAGAGCAGUGUCAGGACUCUCAGUCAUCUCUGGCCUCUCCCAAUAUGACAAAGAGCAUUUCGUCCCCACCAGCCGCGAAAACCGGAUGCCUUUCCGCACGCCCUCAGAAAUUCGUGCCAUGCAGAUGGGUUCCCCCACGCCGUCAGUCUUCAACGGCAGCUCACCUCGAUCUAGCCGGCGUCACGCGGGGAGCCCCAACGGUAUUCUCCCGCCAAUCUCGAGGAUUGGGAGCCCGACGGUUUCUACCCAGUACUCGCCCAAAGGCCGGUCGACCCCGCCGCGGCUCAAGGUUCGCAAAGAAGCCCCUCUUGUUCUUCUCCACGUCACUCUGCUACCCCUGCGAUGGGUAUGGGGCGAUGUGCUGAAUGGUUUAGACGCUAUCAAUGGCAAGGUCCUCGGAGAUAUGGAACAGCCAUUUGAGGCGUCUGACCAGCUCAAGACACUCCGCGAUUCCUGGCGAGAGCUACAAGACCGUGUUGGGGAUACUGUCCUCGAGCGCGGCAUCCUGCUCCCCCAUCCGCAGAAUGACUAUGAGGUUCUCGAGGAGAGACUGCUUGAAGCGCUUGAGCUUCCCCUACGGCGACGCGCAAGGAUCCUUGAGUGCGGACAUUACCUUGGUCCAGCCAAUGAGAUGGUCGACGAUGAGGAGGAGAGUGACGACGAGGUGUCCCAGUCUGGGCGGACCAAGGAGGAGAAGAGGCACUGGUGUAAUACCUGCAGAAACGAGAUCAAAUACGAUGAUCUGGGUCCAGGCAAGGUCUUCCGUGUCAAGGUCUACGCCAGCAACGGGCUUAUGAAGGCUGGCGCGUGGGAGGCCUGCUGGAAGGAGAUGGAACGGGUUGACGUGGAAGUUGAGCCUAUUGUCAACCCAUCGCUGCAGAAUGAACUCGAAAAGCUCAGUGUCCUGCAGCUUGAGUUGGCGGAGCACCAUCAGAGGCAGGAGCCUGACCUGGAACGAAGCCCCGAGCCAGAAGCAGAACCCAAGCAAGAGCCAUCACCCGACCUGGCACAGCAUACCGAUACCCAGCAACCUUCCCACUUCACUUCCCCCGAGCCUGAGCCUCCACAACCCGACGCCCACAGCCAAGGACAGCACCUCAUGCCUUGCCCUCCGCCUUCAGCGAUGCAACUCGCCAUGCCAGCCUCCCCUGCCCAACCUACCCUGACCCCCACCAUUCACCUCAGCCCUCCGACGUUCGCCCAUCCCUACCACGACAUGUCUGAAGACCGCCGUCGACGCGAGGAGGAACGCAUGCGCGAGAUCUACGGCGAUACGAUGCCACAACCACCCCCUCAAUUCCAGCCGUCCGACGCUCACUAUCCACCGCCCCAGUCUCAUUCCCAUGCCCUGACGCCGUCCAUCGGCCUCCUCACCGAUCACUCCUCCUCCUCUCCCGCAAGCACCCUCCGCCAAAGACACCCGGAUUCCUACGUGGCCCCUCCAAUGCAGCGCUCCCCUUCGGAGGAGGCGUAUGAGCGCCGUGAGCGGAGGCAGCAGCAGCAGCAUUACCAGGAGGAGAAGCGGGAGGAGCAAAGGAUGAACGGGAGUGCAGGGGAGCCAGGGUUUGUGGAACUCCUUAUGGAGGCGUUCAAAGUCCUUUUGAGGGACCCCAAGAACGUAGCCAUUAUUGUGCUGUGCGUGUUCUUGAUGGUCUUGAUGAAUCGGCUUGGGCAGGGGUAUUCCUUUGGGAACGGCAAUACCGGUGCGGGAGGUGGAAAUGGGCUCGGGGUGUACAGAGGGCAUGAAGUUCCUGUCAGGAUGGAGGUCGGUGGAGAGAAGGUUGAUGGGAAGGUGGAGGUGCUGGUUGAGGGGAUGGCGGAGACAUCGCGUGCUGUUGAAGGGGUGCGGAUGGAUGACGGUUUGGUGGUGGAGAAAACACCGGCCUUGAAAGGCGAGGAGGGUGAGAUGGUGUCGAUGCUGCUGCCGGAAGAGCCGGCGCCGGCUAUGCAAGUUGAGGAGGUGGCGAUCAUGUCACACCCUGCGCUGGAGGCUGAAGCGCCGGUUGAGCAGGAAGCCCUCGGUUUUACGCCGGUUGAGGAUGUGUUCGGUUUUGCGACUCCAAAUGCGGAUUUGGAAGUGUCUCCGUCCGGUGCUUUGGAGGAGCCGGAUGCUAACAGUUUGCUGGAAGCUGAAGCAUUGGCGGUCAACGAGAGUGUUCCUGCCGAUGUGGCGGCUCAAGAGGUGGAAGACCAGCAGUUGCUUGGCUCGCUGGAAGAUCCUGCUCUGAUGGCCGCGGCUGAGCUCACAGAAGCCAGCACGGAGGAAGUUUCCGCUCCCGAAUCUGACAAGAUGGCAGACAUAUCCAUGUCUUGCGGCGCCGAGGCCACACCGGAGGAUACCGAUAUCCCGUCCGUCGUGGACCAGCCAGAACCCACCGUCCCUCUUGCCACAGAGCCCGAAGUCAGCGUUGCCGACGAGGGCGAGGGAUCCAUUCCUGCAACACCAAAGAUGGAGAUGCUCGGCGAUGGUAAUGGUUUGCCCAACCCCGAGCAGGGAGAGCCGUCCCCCAUUCCCACACCCAACGCCGAAGCAGGCAGCGGGUGCGAUGUCGACGCGGACUACGACUACGACUAUGAUAGCGACCAUGACACAGACGAACCUUUUACAACAACCCCCUCCCCCGUGCCGUCAUCAUCCGAGGUCUUUGUCCCCGGCCCGUUUGUAACGGAGCGCAAGACGGUGCGGGUGUUUGAGACGGUCACCGAGACGGUUCGCGUGAGCGUGGUUACCCAGACCGAGACGGUCAGCACCGUCGUCACGGCUGUCCCGCAGACGGUUGAGGAGACGGUCUACGAGACGGAGACGGUUCGCAUCACGGUCUCGGUGCCCGUCAAUGAGGGCGGUAAGGGGGAGAAGCGGAGACGAGGGAGUUCGGGAUGUCGGGCUUAGAUUGAUUGAUUUGAGCACAAGGAAAGAGCUUGGCCCGAUCGAUGCAUAUGUGUGUAUGAGAGAAUGAGGGUAUGUGUGACGCGGUGGUUCAGACUGUUGAGUAGUGGGUGAACUUGGAAUGAUGGGUUUAUGUAGUGGGAUGUGACAUGCUUGUAUGUGGGGCAUGUGGUUUCCUUGUGUUGUUUUCCUAGUUCAUGAUUCUUUGGCCCAGAUAGCGGAUACUACCUAGAUGUGCAGCGUUAAGAUGUGUUAUGAUGACGGAACAUGAAGAACAUGGA